AUGUCAACACCCACUAGAAAGACUAAAAAGCGACACUCCAGCAUAAAUGCUCCUUUCAAAUCUCCAUUAAAAAGGAUCAAUGAAAGUAACAGUUUUACCGAUCCUACCAUUAACAAUCAAAACAAUGAAAUUAAUGAACAACCAGAUGUUAUUAGAAGUCAAUUAAACCUAAAUGAUACUAAUAAACAAACUAGUUCAUUCCACACUGAGCUGCAACACCUCGGGAAAGAGAAUAUUCACAUUGCUAAAGUUAGCAUUGAUGAUGUCAACGACAACGAGGACAACGACGACUUGGAUGACAACAGUAAAAUAGAAAAUUGUAUUAACAAACUGUUAUCAAAGCGACCAAAUCAAAGUUAUAUUGAUUUAGAGUUGGAGUUAGCUAAAUGUCGUAAUCGUUUACAUGCUUACAAUGAGGCCAAAGAUUCAUGUGUAAUACUAUUUGGUCUGUUAGCAAACAAUCGAGGUUGUCUGGUCCGAGAAUUGUAUUCUGAAUUCGAUUUGAAUCUGGACGACUAGAGACUAUUAGUUUUCGUUGUUUUUAUUUUGCUGUCUUUUUUGUUAAGAUGAAGCGUAUACCAAAUCAGAAAGCCGAUUUGUAUUGUUUCACCUUGCUUGUACAUAAAUUGUUUCAGAGAUUGAGUUUAAAAUUUAUGACAGCUCUAUUAAUAUGAUUAUUGUUAUUAUUAAUUCUAAUGUACACACGGUC